CUACUAUGGCUGGCCAAAGACCAAUGGUUCCUCAUAGCCAUGGGCCUCAUCAUCCUAAUUGCAUCCCAAGUCCAAGUCCCCUCCUCCCAACAACCCAUCAAACGCACCAUCAUAACCUACCUCUCCGUGUCGGUAAUCUUCUUCAUCAAUGGCUGCACCCUCUCCACGCGCGUCCUCCUCGACAACUACAAGAAAUGGAAGAUCCACUUCUUCGUGCAGCUCCAAUGCUAUCUCGUCACGUCGGCGGCGACCUUCGCCAUCGUCAGCCUCUGCGCCACAAACCCCUCCUUCAUGGACCCCUGGCUGCUCAUCGGCUUCCUCUUCCUCGGCAGCGCGCCCACAACAAUGUCCUCCAACGUCGUCAUGACGCGCCAAGCCCACGGCAACACGGCCCUCACCGUCGUCCAGUCCGUCAUCGGUAACUUCCUGUGCCCCUUCCUGACCCCCGUCCUCCUCCAAAUGUACCUCGCCUGCGGCGCGUGGUACACGCGCGUGCUCGCGGGCAGCGGCGGGGGCGACAGUGCCUACGCCGAGAUCUACCGCCGCGUGUUCAAGCAGCUGGGUCUGUCGCUGUUCCUGCCCAUGGCCCUCGGGCAGGCGGUGCAGUACCUCUUUCCCGCAGCUACAAAAAAGGUCUUCGUAGACUGGAAGCUGAUCAAGCUUUCUUCCGUUGCGCUGCUCACGCUCGUCUGGCAGACUUUCGAUCAGGCGUUCCGCAGCGACGCCUUCGCCUCCGUGCGGCCUUCCAACAUCGUCUUCGUCGUCUUCAUUAACGUUGCGCUCUAUGGUGUUUGGCUGGGCAUAUGCUUUGUGGCGGCGACGAUAUGGCUGGACCGGCGGGAUGUGAUUGCGUGCUGCUACUGUUGUCCGAGUAAGGCGCUGUCCAUGGUGGUGCCGCUAAGCGCGGUCAUGUAUAUUGAUGUGAGUCCUGUGGAGCAGUCCAAGCUGCAAAUUCCGGCGAUUAUAUUCCAAGCGUUGCAAGUGGCCAUUGGAGGGGUCUUGACGGUGGUGUUCCGGCGGUGGAUCAGGCCGUUCGAGCAAGAUGGGGAGGAGGAGGAG